UUCAGAACCAGAGGGGAGAGAAACGAUGUCGUCUUCUUUUACGGACUCUUACAGCCAGUCGGGCGGCGAUGACUCACCGGCCGGCUCCUCUCGUCCAUUCGACGAUGGUUACUUAGGCUACGAUCCUCGCCUUUCGUCCCAGCGAUUUGACUCGUUCUCAAAUUUCGUCGAGUCGGAGUCAGUCAAAGACUCGGCGGCGGAUGACUCCCCGGUUUUAACCUCGCACACGAUUGCCGAAAGUUCAUCUCCAACACCGAUCCAUGUAUCCGGUGGAGGAUUUAGCUCCGAUUUUGCCGAAUUAUCUCCUGAAUCUAAUGGAAAGCCGUUCGAGGGCGAACACUCGGAGUCUAAUGGACCGAUUCUGCCGCCACCGGCGGAGAUGCAGGCCGAGGAGGGAUACGCUCUUAGAGAGUGGAGAAGACAAAAUGCCAUUCGACUAGAAGAGAAUGAAAAGAGGGAGAAGCAAUUGCUGAGCCAAAUUAUUGAUGAAGCUGACGUGUACAAACUUGAAUUCUACAAGAAGAGGCAGAUUACAUGUGAAAGCAACAAGUCCACUAAUCGGGAUAGGGAGAAGGUGUUUCUGGCAAGCCAAGAGAAGUUUCAUGCUGAGGCAGACAAGAAUUAUUGGAAAUCAAUUGCAGAACUCAUCCCUAAUGAAGUGCCUACCAUUGAAAAGAAGGGUAAGAAAGACCAAGAAAAGAAGCCUUCUUUAAUUGUAAUCCAAGGGCCAAAGCCUGGUAAGCCCACUGACUUGGCGAGGUUGAGGCAGAUACUCUUAAAACUUAAACAUAACACUCCAAGCCACUUGAAGCAUUCUCCACCUCCAGCCCCUGCAACCACAAAAGACUCCAAAUCUGCUAUUGCUGCUACUUCUGAUGCCACAUCUGCAACAGUCUCUCCUGCACCGGUGAUUGUUGCUUGAUUAUGUUCUUCUUUGCUCUAUCUUUUGUCGUGGUCUGUGUCGUGAAAUUAUUUUUUUACCUGUUUUGUAUAAAAGGUGGGUCUAGGGAAACUUCUCCAUUGUAGUAUAAUUGCUUCUAGGCUCCUCUUUCUUUUUUUUUUUUAAGACUCGUCAUUAUGCCUGUAUACUUUGGACUCUUCUAUAGGUCUGGAAAUUUUCACUUACAAGGGAUGAUAUUUAGCUUGUAUUUUGUAUGAGGUGCUUUUUUGUGUACCUUUUUGUUCAGCAAUCGCAGAAGUAUGCGCUUAGAAGGUUUAGCC